GGCCUAGGCAGCCGAGGAAGUGGCACUUGCACUGGCUGCCUUGUCCCAGUCCUCUACAGACAUGAUGGUGGCUUUGCAGAAGAAGCAAUCCUUGUUGUUCAUCAGGUGCUGGUUGAUGCAGGCUCUACAACAGGGGAGGGCAUAAAGAUGGCCUGUGUAUCCCUGCUGUUCCCCACCCAGCCCCUUGUGCCCGUGCAGCCCACUUACUUGCAGGACUUGUGGCCACAGGGCUGGAACACAGCAGAAAUGGGGUGAGCAUAGCAGAUGGGGCAGAGGUCUUCCUCACUGGUGGGCUGCAGGGAGCAGAGUGCAGGGUGGGCUGGGGUCGGGUGCCCAGACAAGUUGGGUGUACGCUACGCACACAGCUGUGGUGACGUGUACUGGGGUUGUGUGGACCCGUAUGCUGUGGCCCCACUCACCAGGGAGGCAGCUGCUGCCUGGGCAGAUGCAGAGGUCAGGUGUGCCAACAUCUGUUCCACCUGGGCCAGUUCCUCAACACUGAUGUAAUCUGUGUCUGGCGGGUGGUAGGAGGUGUCAGGCCAAAUGUGGCCCUAGAACCCAGUGCCUCUUGAGUACUCACUGCCUGGGAAUUUGCUCCUCUUAAGACUACUAACCUGGCCCAGCCCCAAAUCCCUCUCUUCCCUGACCCACCCCCAGCCUACUCACAGCUCUGUAGGGAGAAGCGCUUCUGGUCAGGGGCAGGCAGGGCAGUGCCAGGGGUAGGGGGCUCUGGCUGCCCCAAGAGAUAGCAUAUGGAGCGGAGCUGGAAGCAGGGAUCAGCCAGGAGCACUGAUGUGGCUCUGUCUGUCCUAGGUGGGAGAGGGUACAAGGGUAGUCAGAAGCUGGGCCUGUCUGAAAUCAGUAUCUGUUCGGAGGGGUGGGGGUGGAAAGUCCAGCCUAUUUGCAUUAUUGCCUGGUUCAUUCCACCCAGUCUCCCUGCUUCUCUCCAGUCCUCCCAGUAAAGUCCUAGAUCCCAGUAAGGACCCACAUUGUCGGGUACCAGUUUAAGGGAGCACCACCAGAAGAUAAUGGAAGUCCACCUGCCCCUUCAUUUACGUUAACCCUUAAAAGGAAACAGCUGCCCAAUCAUAUACGUUAACCCUUCAAAGAAAACACCUGCCCCCUCAUAAACGUUAACCCUUAAAAGGAAACACAACACAAGAAGCUUAAAGGCAUGCUUCCGAGGGUUCCGGGAGACGGGCCCUCUGGAAAGCCGCCAGCCAAGCUCAGGCUAGGGUAUUGUGGCCCAACUCGCUCACCCUCUGGCGGCCACGCGGGGGCCUAUGAACGCCGGGGGACGCGGCUACCCCGCCCCUCCAAUGGGAGCCAAUGGGAGCCUGAGGCCCCGCCCCCGAGAAAUCGCCUCCCGGAGAGUAUUUAGAAGCUGAGUGCUCAGAAAGGCACUCAGGAGAGAGCUGGGGAAGCCUGAGAAGGGAGUGCUGAGCAGAGCGUGGCCCCAACUCAACCCAAAAUCUGGAGCCGGGCAGCUGGAGCGGUCGGCCUUGCGGGACGGAGCCCGCAUACUGUCUCGCUGGCCACUGGCCAUUUAGCGCCCCGCACUUCUAGCCGGAUGUGAAGUGGGUGAGUCUCGGAGCUGUGCCCCGCACCAAGCUGCCCUGUCCCACCCCUGGCAGCCGCCGCCAUGGCCCGGCUGGUGCUGCAGGGCACACUGCUGUGCAUGCUGCGUGUCGGAUUAAUGAGCACCCUGGACUCCGAGGGCUUCCUGUCCCCUGCGCCUCAUAACUGUCCCUACAAAUGUGUCUGCGCUGCCGACCUCCUGAGCUGCGCCGGCCUGGGGCUGCAGGAUGUGCCGGGCGCGUUACCAGCUGCAGCUGCAGACCUCGACCUGAGCCACAAUGCGCUGCAGCGCCUGCGCCCCGGCUGGUUGGCGCCCCUCUCCCGGCUCCGCGCCCUGCGUUUAAAUCACAACGAGCUGGAUACGCUAGGUCCGGGAGUUUUCACCAAUGCCAGCGGCCUGCGGCUGCUCGAUUUAUCAUCUAACGCCCUGCGGGCCCUGGGCCGCCACGACCUCGACGGCCUGGGGGAGCUCAAGAUGCUGCUUCUGUUCAAUAACCGCCUGGCACACUUAGACGAGCAGGCCUUCCACGGCCUGGGCGCGCUCAGUCGUCUCUACCUGGGCUGCAAUGAACUUGCGUCCUUCUCUUUCAAUCACCUGCACGGCCUGGGCACGACCCACCUACGUACUCUGGAUCUCUCCUCCAACCACCUAGGACGCAUCCCUGUACCUGACCUGGCUUCACUGCCAGCCUUUCUCAAGAACGGCCUUUACUUGCACAACAACCCAUUACCCUGUGACUGCCGUCUCUACCAUCUGCUGCAACGCUGGCACCAGCGGGGGCUCAGCGCUGUGAGCGACUUCGCGGGCGAGUACACAUGCCUGGCCUUCAAGGUACCCACCUCCCGCGUGCGCUUCUUUGAGCACAGCCGUGUCUUUGAGAACUGCUCAGCUGCCCUGGCUCGGGGCCUAGAGCAGCCUGAAGAACAGCUGCAUGUGCAGGUGGGGCAGUCCCUGAGGCUACACUGCAACACCAGCGCCCCAGCCGUGCACAUUGCCUGGGUCUCGCCGCAGCAUGAGCUGCUUGUGGCACCAGGGUCUCGCAACGGCAGCAUCGCAGUGCGGGCUGAUGGCAGCCUGGCCAUCAGCAACGUGCAGCCAUGGCACGAGGGUGUCUUUGUGUGCCUGGCUACUGGACCCCACCUGCAUCACAACCAGACACACGAGUACAACGUAAGUGUGCACUUUCCACACCCUGAGCCUGACACUUUCAACACGGGCUUCACCACGCUGCUGGGCUGCGCCGUGGGCCUGGUGCUCGUGCUGCUCUACCUGUUCACGCCACCCUGCCCCGGCUGCCGCAGCUGCUACCAUCACACCUGCCGCUGCCGCCGCUGGCCCCGAACACCCAGCCCACUCCAGGAGCUGAGCGCACAGUCCUCAGUGCUCAGCACCACGCCGCCCGACGCACCGAGACGCAAGGCCAGUGUCCACAAGCACGUGGUCUUUCUGGAACCUGGCAGGAGAAGCCUCAAUGGUCGUGUGCAGCUAGCGGUAGCUGAAGACUUUGAUCUCCACAAUCCCUUGGGCCUGCGGCUCAAGGCUGGCUCUGAGUCCACUAGCUCCACAGGCUCUGAGGGUCUGGUGAUGACCUAGGCUGCCCAGGGGCCCCACCAAGGCCACUGCCUGCCCACUGCUUGCCCUGCUCCCCGCUGCUGCCCAGAGAAGUGCCAGAUGCUGGUGGGAAGCACUGGGCUUGGUCCUCCAGCCUCCUGUGUGGGCCUCGACAUAAACCACAGCAACAUCACUCACUGGUAGAGGGGCUGAAGUCCCCAACUCUCUCCUGCUUCUCCCCAGCAACACAGGACCAAAACAUCCCAGGACCUAGCAGGGCCUACCUGUGCCCACAUGAGGAUUGGAACCGAGGGCCAUCUGGAAGAGCCCUUGCAUUAGAGCCCCAGGUUCACCCGCAGGGGCUAAGGCAGCCAUCAAGGAGAGUCGUGGUGAAGAAUUGAAGCAUGACCACCUUCUGCUUCCCAAGGGGACAGCAGUGGCCCACAGGGGAAAAGGAGGAAGACUUCAAAGGAAGACUGAGUCCCCACCCCGAGGGUGGAAAGAGGAAUUACAAGCCCUCCCUCUGGUGAAAUGUGACUCCCCACGCACCAACAUUCAAGCUACUUGAAGCUUCACGAGUCCAUGCAGUCUGGUGAGAAGGCAACCAGCAGGCAAGGCUCCUCAAGAGACCUCCAGGGGCAUCACUGGCACUCUGAGGGCAGAGCCUCUCCCAUGGGCUCACAAGACAAUGGUAAGGGGCACCAAUGACCUGUUCCCCCAGCUUUUCAGCAGUAAAAAGCCUGCUGAGCAUGGCUAAGAUGGGAGGGCUGAGCCGGAACUUGCUGUCUCCCAAGGGCAGAAUCCUCUUAAGGGCUGGCACUGGUAUCAGCCUAAUGGCUGAAGCAGUGCCCUGGCUUCAUAUGCAUCUCACCACUCCCACGGCAGGGAGGCAGGGAAGCGGGGACUGGGAACCCCUCCUGAGUGAGGGCUGAGCUGGGGGGCCCACAAGUGUCCUGGAUCCAGCUAUCAUGGAAUUUCUUAAUAAAGGUAGUACAUGCUCGUCGUUGGAGCCUUCACAGA